AUGUUUGUGUGUUCCAGAGAAGAAAUUAAUUCGCGUGAUGACAGCUUGAGUAAUGAUUUAAAACAGGAAAAAUUAUCUAUCGCAAAUUCAGGAUACAAAAAUAGUGAUAUGUUGAAUAAGUUACACAAUUCAGGAGAAAAAGGUAAGAAUAGUACUAAUUUAAACACGUUUGAUAAAGUGCAAUUUUCUGAUGAAAAAAGGUUGAUAAGUUGUCACAGUUUAAGAAGUGCUUUGAACGAUAAGACGGAAAUAAUUAACUUUGUUAAAGGAAAACAAAUGAACUUUAGUUUAAUAAGGAAUGAAAAAAAAGUCAACAAAUUACACACAUUAGAAAAAAGGAGAAAAUUCGGUAGAACAGGUACAAUUUUUAAAAAGGAUUAUUCUAAACACUUCAAUUUAACAAGUAAAACCAGAAGAAGUGUUCAUAAUAUGAGACUUCAUAAGAGUAGAAGCAAAUCGGAAACUAGGUUCAACAGGCAAAUGAUUACUCUCCCUUUUCUCAGUUCAAUUGAUUCUUGCAAGAGCCACACACGCAGUUGUACUUGUAGCACUUCAUCGUUCAGCAGUGAAAAUAGUGACAAUGAAAGUGGGAGUGAAAGUGGGAGUGAGAGUGAAAGUGGGAGUGAGAGUGAAAGUGGGAGUGAGAAUGAAAGUGGAAGUGAGAAUGAAAGUGGAAGUGAGAAUGGAAAUGAGAAUGAGAAUGGAAGUGGGAAUGAGAGCGUAAGUGGAAGUGGGAACGAAAGUAGACAUGAGCAUGAAAUGAACGAUGUAGAUGAUAUUAGGAAAAAUUUCAUAAGUGGCAGUGUCAACACAUGCAUGGGUGCUGCGGGUGAUGAUAAUAAUACUAAGAUAGAAGUUAUCACUGGAAAGGAUAGGAACAAGAGUGAUGAAUCAAAUUGGAGAAGUGAUUUUAAAUAUAUGAAUGAUAUGCCCAAUGAUAAGAAAGAAGGUAUUACAAAAUUUCAUGGAAAAACGGAUAUAGAAAAUGAUGAAGAAAUAUAUAUUAAUUGUUUACAAAAAAAUGGUAAAGAAAAAAAGGAGAAAUGUAAAAAUGCAAAGAAGAAUAAAAGAAAAAACAAAAUAGGAAAAAGUAAUAAUGAUCAUUAUAAUGACCAUUGCAUUAAAACUACGUUGGAAAAUGGAACUGUAGACAAAUUGAAAUCAAGCUUUUGCAUAGAAAAGGAAAAGUGCGUAAAUAAUAUUAGCAAUAUGGAAGAAAAGUGGAAAAUGAAAUGUUUCAAUAAAUUUGAUGGUGAAAUUUGUUCAUGGGAAAAUAUCGAACAACAGGAAUUUAAUUGCUCCCACGGAAAUGAAAAGGAAUACGAAAAAGAUAAUUCAAAUCAUAAUGGAUUAGAGAGAGAACAUAAUUACAAAUACAAUAGUGAAUAUAAAACUCAUGAUAAAAAAGGAAAUAAAAUAAAUAAGCAUUGCAUGGAGAAGGAUGAUACAUUAAAAUCUUCCAACUCGACAUGCUGCUUAGAAUAUGGAAAAAACAUAGAAUCGGAAUGUGAUCGAGAACAAGAUGACAGAGAAGCAGAUACUGUUAGAAAUUAUGAAAAGGAAAAAAUAUCCUUCACAAAAGAAUAUAAAAAUGACGCUUUUUGCAAAAGUGGUAAAAAUGAAAUUCUGCAGGAAAGGGAGAAUGAUCAUUUAACUAUUGAUGAACUGUUACAGAGUGAAGUGUGUAACACAGAAUGUGUAAAAAAGCAAAUUAAUUCAUGCAACAAUUUUGACAGAAAUAAUAAAAUAAAAGAUAGUUUGACUUUAUUGAAUAAUGAAUUUAAACAGGAUGUAAAUCGAUAUUAUAAAAAAUUAGCUCUGUUGAAAAGGAUCAAAGUUACUAAUGGGGGUGAAUUUUCGGACGAAGAAUUUUUCACAAAACAAAUUUUAGAAAAAAAAAAUUGGAAAAGAAAAUUCGUAAAAGGUGAAAAUUUCAGAGAUAUCAAUCCAAACAAUAAUGAUUCGAAAAUUUCGAAAUGGAAGGGAAAUAAUUCUGUGGGAACUCCCCAAACAGAACUGGAUGCCUUAUGUUGCAUUGUUAAAGAUGAGAAGUGCAAUGGUUUACUUGAUGAAGACAAAGAGAAAACAUUAAUUCAUGAAGAAGAGAAUCUGUCGAAAGGCGAAGAAAGGGAAGACGAGGUAAAAACAAUUCAUUCUGAAAACAAGCAUUAUGAAAUCGUGCAUUCUGAAAACAUGUACUCUUUAUCAACUAAUAAUAAUAGAAAAAAUUUUAUUUUUAUACCUGGAAACACAACCAUAACAACCCAUGCAAAUAGUAAAUUGAAAAUUCACUCAAUUUUGGAUGACAACAAAAUGUUAAAUUGCAAAAUGAAAUGGGAGAAAAAAAAAGAAAUGUAUGAACCCUUGAUAAAUGCUCAAGAAAGAAGAGGAGAUCUUGAUCAAAAUAUGAUCAUGAUCAAAAGUUCAGCUGAGCGUGCAAUAGCAAGCAAAGUAAGAAUCCCUGAAAUGAUCAAUAUAAUGACUCAGAGGAAAAAUAAUAACAAUUUAACGGGUACACUUAACAGUCCAUCUAACACUGAAAAUGAUAAGGGGAAAGUUUAUUUAAAACAGAAUUAUUUCUGCGACAAUAAGAAUUUAUUUUGUUCUUACAUGCAUAUGCUAGGCGCGAGGGAAAAUGAAAAUGUGCAAUUCCUACGUACGGGAGAAAAUGAAAAUGUGCAAUUACUACGUACGGGAGAAAAUGAAAAUGUGAGAUUUCUAGGUGCGAGAGAAAAUGAAAAUGUGAAAUUCCUAGGUGCGAGGGAAUUUUUAAAUGCGCAAUUCCUAGGUUCAAGGGAAGUUUUGAAUGCGCAAUUUCUAGGUGCAAACGGAAUUUCAAAUGUGCAUAUAGCAGGUGCAAAUACAAAUACGCUAAAUCUAGGUGCAAGAACAAAUAUUUUAAAUCUAGGUGCAAGAACAAAUAUUUUAAAUCUAGGUGCAAGAACAAAUAUUCUAAAUCUAGGUGCAAGAACAAAUAUUCUAAAUCUAGGUGCAUGUACAAAUGUGCACAUGCUAGCUAACGGUGCACGCGAACUGAAUAAUUGCGAAAAUGAAUUUAUUCUACCACUGAAUGACGUCAUACUAGGUAAUGAUGGGACAGUGAGCGAAGGGGAGAAUGGAAAUGAUAAUAUGAUGAAAAACAGCUGGAGUAAUUCAUCCUUUUUCUAUAGGCAUAACAAUUUUAGUGAAUAUUUCUCCCCCUUUUCUAAAAGUGUUUGUCCAAAUGGGUACCUAAAUAUUCCGAGCCAAAACUGCUCAGGAUAUCCCAACAAACACCAAAUGAGGGUGAAAAUUUCUGGGCCCUUAGAUCCAAAUUGUACAGACAACUAUUUUCAUUACAGUGAAAAUAAAGAUUUCCGUUCUCUCAACUACGAUGUUAGAAAUAGUUUCAAUAGUUGCAAUAAUUGCAGUAAGUGCAGCAAUUCCAAUGAGUGCAGCAAUUCCAAUGAGUGCAGCAAUUCCAAUGAGUGCAAUAAUUCCAACGAGUGCAGUAAUUCCAACAAGUGUAGCAAUUCCAACAAGUGCAGCAAUUCCAAUGAGUGCAAUAAUUCCAACGAGUGCAGUAAUUCCAACAAGUGUAGCAAUUCCAACAAGUGCAGCAAUUCCAAUGAGUGCAAUAAUUCCAACGAGUGCAAUAAUUCCAACGAAUGCAGUAAUUCCAACAAGUGUAGCAAUUCCAACAAGUGUAGCAAUUCCAACAAAUGCAAUAAUUCCAACGAGUGCAGUAAUUCCAACAAGUGUAGCAAUUCCAACAAGUGUAGCAAUUCCAACAAGUGUAGCAAUUCCAACAAGUGUAGCAAUUCCAACAAGUGUAGCAAUUACAACAAGUGUAGCAAUUACAACAAAUGCAGUAAUUCCAAUAAUUGCAGUACAUGCAAUAAUUCCAUCUAUUACAACAGUUCCACCUACUGCAACAGUUACAGUUGUUCCCAUUAUGACCCUGUCGGUCACGACAACCAAAACGAUCGCGUUGAUUCCUGCAUGCAUAACGUAUAUGACCAUUUUCCCCGAUUCCAGCCGCUUGCAUAUAAAGAUCUUAGUUUCGAUGGAUAUGAUGCCAAUGUAGAAAUAAUGAAAGGGCGAAAUAACUACAAUUGUGAACACAUGAGCACUAGUGAUUGUGAAAAUAAGUUUUCCACUUCUAAUUAUUUUAACAAUAACAAAUAUGCUUGCAUUCACUUCUCAAAUAAAACGAAUGAUAUAGAUACGAAUAAUUUUUAUUUCACCAAUGGAGAUAAUAAUGAUAAAAUGAAUAUCAUUAAAAGUGAUGAACAAAUAAAAGUUCCAAAAGAAGCUGAAAUACGUUUUUACAACAAUUACCCAUUUAGUCAGUGUGAUCAAACCUCUGCAUGCGGACAAAAUUUCCAAUUUUCCUCUAACAGUAAUUCAACUUCUUUUAUUAACAUUCACAGGAGUGAUACUCAUCUCCCUCUCCAGGAUGAUGGAAAAGAUGUAGUGUUAAGUAGUGGCAAUGAUCAUGCAGAUGAAAAUGAAAUCGAAAAGAAUAAUGUUAAGUCGGGGAAAUCAGUCCAGAUCGUUAAAGUAUAUAUCGAAGAAGAAGAUGAUAUGGAAAAACAACCCCUUGACACCUCCAAAAAUGAAGGGGAAAACAAAGAACAAAAUGAAGGCCAAAAUGGAGCUAAAAAUGAAGGUCAAAAUGGAGCUAAAAAUGAAGGCCAAAAUGGAGCUAAAAAUGAAGGCCAAAAUGGAGCCAAAAAUGAAGAUGAAAAUGGGGCCAAAAAUGAAGACCAAAAUGACAGUGAGCGUAAUGAUCAGGAGGGCGCUACUUUAAAAAAUUCAAAUUGCACUCGAUCACAAAGUUCAGGGGUGGAAAAGAGGGACUUAAGUGCGCAUGCAAAGAGGAUAAGUGUAGAUGAGAUGAAUUCAUCAAAAGAUUGUAAAAGUUCAUGUUUCGAAGAGGGUGCACAGAGUUGUGAUAAUCAAUGGAGCGGGAGCUUAAGUACUAACACAGGAAAUAGUAUCAGCAGCAGUAGCAUAUGUUGCAGCAAGCUGUGCGAUGGGAGUGGUAAUACAGUCAGCUGCUGUGGCUCCAUAAGUAGUAAGUGCAAUGAUACAUGUGUAAGUUAUAAUGGCACACGCGAAUUUUUAAAUAAUAUAUUUUCAGAUGAUAUGUGCACAAGUUCGAAGGAAUAUGUUAGUACGUAUAAUUGUGAUGUAAAAAGUGAAAGGGAAUAUGAUGCAUGCAUUGAUUUAACUAGUACAGUUUCUCCCUAUUUUUCCGAUAAUAAUGCAUACAAAUUACGCUUCACUUUAGAAGCUGGGAGGGGUUCCGAUAUUCCUCAUUCUCAUAGAGCAGAUAUACGGAGCAAUGAGAAUAUAAGCAUAUUCAAAGAAAUGAAUUUUUUUAAUUCCUACGAUAAUUAUGGCCACAGUGCUAAAGUUCAUCCCAGCAAUAUUGAUAUUAUUGGGCAAGGUAAUAACAUUAGCAAUUGUCACGUUAAUGAUUUCGGUAAUUUGUCCCAUCAGAACUACCACAACUGUUCCGAUAAUUUCCAUGGUUCCGAUAAUUUCCACGGUUCCGAUAAUUUCAACAGUUCCGAUAAUUUCAGCUAUUCCAGCAAUUUCAACUAUUCCGGCAAUUUCAAUUAUUCCGACAAUUUCAACUAUUCCGACAAUUUCAACUAUUCCAGCAAUUUCAACUAUUGCGAUAAUUUCAACUUUCGCGAUAAUUUCAGCUGUUUUAAUUGUUAUGACCAUCCUAACCUCCAAUUUCUUCAGAAUUGUCAAAACUGUCAAAAUUACAAAUUUCACAAAAAUGACUGUAAUAAUUGGAACAUUAUCAACGAGUCUCCCGCGUUAAGUCAAACUAAUGACUUACAAAAUAUUCAAUUCGAAAUGAACAAAAAAUGUUAUUUUUAUAAUGGAUACCUUACAAAUGUGCAAGAUGAAAUGAAUGGAAAUUUUUCCAAAAUAUUCGACAAGAAUGAAGCACAUGCCGAUAUACCUACCAAUAAUAUUACCUAUAAGAAAGAAAUAAAAGAAGAAAAUGAUUUUACAAAUCUAAAAAGUAUUCAUAAUAAUAAUAAUAAAUUCCAAGAUGAAGAUACUAUCUACUCCAGUGAUAUUCACACAAGCACAAAAAGUAAUAGUACUCUCGAUGUAAACACUAAACAAGUUUGUGAUCUUACAUACAACUUUUCAAAUACCAGUGUAAAAUAUAACACAUAUUCCUGUCAUAAUGAUAUAUCCCCAAAUGGAUAUGAAAAAUAUGAAAAUAAAAAUAUAACUGGCGUUGAUAAAUAUAACUUUGGGCAAUGCAACAAUAAGAGCAAUUCGAGUUGCAUUAAAUUCAAUGAACAAUGUAGGGAUAACAACGAAAGUCUGACAGUUACUGGUUCUUGUGAUCGGAAAAGUGUUUUAGAGAACAAAAGUACAGGUGUCGAGGGAAGAACAGGAGGAAGUACGAUAGGCAUGACUGGGUUGAGUGUACAACAAAUUGACGAAACACAUGUAUCAGUAAGAAAGAAAGAAAUCGACAUGAAAUAUAAUACUGAUUCCAAUAUGUUAAAUGGAUCACUUAAAGAAAUGCAUGGCAUUAAUAAUUAUGCAACAAAUAUGCUCGAUGUAGAUGUAAACAAUAGAGCUGAAAAUAAAAAUAGAUCCUAUCAGAACAUCCAAAAUGAUAUGAGUAAAAUAAGUGUAAAAUGUUGCAGUGAAAAAUAUCGCAUAAACUGUGGCCAGAAAAUAAGCGAUAAUGAUAACGGAAUAAUUAAUAUACACAUUAAUGGAAAUGAGAAAAACAACAAAGGUAACAUGAAUGAUGAUAUGAACACAACUGAAUGUACAAAUGGUGAUGGUACUAUUGUUGACUACUUAAAUGAAACUCAUAAUGAUUUGGAAAAGAUAAAUUACAUGAUUUGUCCCACGAAAUGCAAUUGCGUGAAUGAGUUAAAUUUUUUAAAUAACAAUUUUAAGGAUUUAAAUUACUUGAACAGUACAGAAGAGAAAAUUAAUUUUUUAGAGGAUGUAAAUUACAGGGACUAUGUACAAAAUUUAACUUAUUUCAAUUCAGAAACGUGUAAAAAUGACGAUGGAGAUGUGGAUAGUAAAAUCAGUGGGGAAAAUAGUAUCAUGUUCAGCAAUUGCUCCGAUAAUAGCGCCAAUAAUGGCAUCAUCGACUAUUCAAAUAAAGGCACCGGCAGCUACGCCAAUAAUACCACGGGUAACUGCACCGACAACGGCAUUGACAAUUGCACCGAAAAUUGCAACAGUGAUGAUCGGCAUAACGACGCAAGUUACUACAGUAAAACUAUGUCCCUAAACUACGAGAACUAUUUUAACUACACAAAUAAUAUUUACCAUGCACAUCACCUGAAAAGUUUCCCAUACCAUAUGAACGACAACAAUACUGACAGUCAUGUUGUUAAUGCUAAUAUUGCAACUGAUGGGAUAAACAUGCACACUAACUCCAAUGGAAUGAACAUGCACACAAACUCCAAUGGAAUGAACAUGCACACUAACUUCAAUGGAAUGAACAUGCACACAAACUCCAAUGGAAUGAACAUGCAAACAAACUCCAAUGGAAUGAACAUGCACACAAACUCCAAUGGAAUGAACAUGCACACAAACUCCAAUGGAAUGAACAUGCACACAAACUCCAAUGGAAUGAACAUGCACACUAACUCCAAUGGAAUGAACAUGCACACAAACUCCAAUGGAAUGAACAUGCAAACAAACUCCAAUGGAAUGAACAUGCACACUAACUUCAAUGGAAUGAACAUGCACACAAACUCCAAUGGAAUGAACAUGCACACUAACUUCAAUGGAAUGAACAUGCAAACAAACUCCAAUGGAAUGAACAUGCAAACAAACUCCAAUAGAACAAUUUGUAAUAACAUGAAUAGUGCAUUGUAUAACCACGCACUGAAUUUUAGCGACAUCUACGCAAACAAUGAGACACUUGGUAUAGAUACUUCCAUUUAUGACAAAGAGAAUAAAACGUAUGAACAAAAUGGAACAUAUGAGGGCAUAACGCAUAGCAGAAUGUACACAACAUAUGAUAAGUUCAUUUCGCAUGAUGGUAUAUUAAAUGGAGAAUAUAGCAGAAAUAAUAAUUAUAUUAAGCAUGAAAUGAAUAACCCUAAGAUUAGAGAAUUCAAUUUGGAUUAUAAUAGUAAUAUUAGAGAUAUACCGAAUAAUGUUAGUAUUAUCAAGAAUGAACAUUUAACAGCAAAUAGUACCAGGAACAUUAAGGAAGACAGUGUCAAAAAUGACGUUUGCAGUAUUAACAGUGUAAGCACUAUAAGCAGCAUUAAUAAUGGUAGUAGUAAUAAUAAUAAUAGUAAGAAGAAGAAGAAGAAGAAGAAGAAGAAGAAGAACAUAGUAAAAUGUAAAAAUGAAAAAAAAAAAUAUUCAAAAACCAAAAAUCCAGGAUACUGUAGGAAAGAAAAGAAAGAAGAAAAAUGUAGUAGCUAUAUGUGUAGCAAUAAAGGAGAUUUAUUAAGUAGAAGAUAUGAAAUGCAAAAAUCAGUGCUACUAAAUAUUGACGGAGAAAUAAGAAAAAUAGCAGAUGAAAUUGUUAAGAAUGCAUAUAUAUUACCAUCAAAGACAUUAAGUGGUAAAAACACACUUGAUCGUAAUCACCCCAUUCAUAGUGUUUGGAAGGACACAACUCGAGGACAUUGUUCUUGGAGAUGCAGAUGGUGGGAAAAUGGAAGACGGUUAAGUAAAAAUUUCAAUGUCAAAAGAUUUGGAACUGACGGUGCAUUAAGAAUGGCAGUUAUCAUGAAACUAAAAAAAAGCACUCCAAAAGAACAAGCACAAUUAUUAAAGCAUCAGAGGGACUUUCUAAAUUUGUGUUAUGUUAAUAACUGGUUGCCCAAUCCAAAAAAGGAAAGGGGACAAAAUGUGGAAAAGGAUGAUGGUUGUGAUGGUGUUGCUGCUGCUGACGUGCGAGAAGAUAUGAUGAAUCAUGUUAGGGAAGAGAAAUGUGAAAAGAAUAAUAAUGGAAAGAAAAUUAAUAAACACUGUGAUGAAAACAGAAACACAGGGGCAUACAUUAUGAGCAAAUUGUUUAAUUCUUCCAAUGCAAAUAAAAGCCGUGAUAAUACUAAUAAACGUGUCAAUAAGAGGAAUACUAUGAAAGGAAAUGUGCGCAUUCGUAAAAUUAAUAAAAUAAAUAAUGCAAAAAAUAAUGAAAUGAAUGAUGGAAAGAAUAAUCGAAAGAAUAAUGAAAUGAAUAAUAUAAAGAAAAAGGAAAAAAGAAAUAUAAAAAAUAACAAUGUUCAUGUUUUUACUAAAGAUGAGAACAUAGGUUCUAUGUAG